AUGAAGUUUGGGGAGGCAACAAUGAUUUAUCAUCAUUUCAAAAGUGAAGCUUCAAUGGACCCAGCUUUCUUUUAUGAGAUCCAAGUUGACAUCAAUGAAGAAAUUGCAAGUAUUUUCUGGGCGGAUGGACGCAUGAGAAUGGACUAUUUCUAUUUUGGUGACACCAUCAGCUUUGACACAACAUACCGCACCAACAAGAAUGAUCGCCCAUUAGCUUUAUUUGUGGGCUUCAAUAACUAUAGAGAAACAUGUGUUUUUGAUCAGCAAAGAAAUUCUAUUGAUAAGAGGAUUGUUAUGGUUGACUUUGUGGAGCGUAAGCUGAUUUGCUCAUGCAAGAUGUUCGAGAAGUGUGGAUGGCUUUGUCGCCAUGUGUUGCGCGCAAUAGAUCACCUCGGCUAUGGAGGACACCCAGAAAUCCUGAAUAUUCACACACGCUACAUAUUAAAGAGGUGGACAUAUGAUGCAAAAUCUGGAGAUUUCACACUACCGGCAGUACAAGAUACAGCAGAGAGGGUGUACUGUUCAAGGGUGAAACAACUUACUGGAUCCAUGAAUUUGCUUGCAACACGCACUUGUAUGGAUGAUGACAUAUACAAGAUGCUUGAGGAAGGAAUGCAAGCAUUGAAGAUUCGUGCUGAAUCCAUGAUGCCUGCCAUGAAGUUUGGCCAGUCUAGCACAAGCACAGCAAGUUCAGAGAGUGAACCACAUUGGGCGAAAGCAUUAAAAGUCAGGACUGAUCCAUUUAAAUCAAGGACAACGAGGAAGAAUCGAAUUGAAAUCAUUCGAGAAAGGAGAAGACAAACAAAGUUACAAGAAAGGGCAGCGGAAGGAAAGUAA